AUGUCGCGCCCCGAAGAUAUCCUCCCUCCGGACCUGUUCUACAAUGACAAUGAAUCGCGAAAGUAUACGAAAUCCUCGCGAAUUCGCAAUAUUCAAGCGAACAUGACCAGUCGCGCACUGGAACUCCUCGACCUGAAGUCCCCCUCUCUCAUCCUCGAUCUCGGGUGUGGCUCUGGUCUCUCCGGCGAAAUGCUAUCAGAAGUCGAGCCCGACGAAGGCGGCCCGCACACAUGGAUCGGCAUGGAUAUCUCGCCCAGCAUGUUGGAUGUGGCUUUACAACGCGAGGUGGAGGGCGAUCUAUUCCUCGCAGAUAUCGGCCAGGGAGUGCCGUUCCGACCGGGUACAUUCGACGCCGCCAUCAGCAUCAGUGCCAUCCAGUGGCUCUGCAAUGCGGAGACGAGUGAUGUCACCGCCGAAGGCCGUCUGAAGCGCUUUUUCGAGGGUCUAUAUGCCAGUCUGCGUCGGGGUGGACGUGCGGUGUGUCAGUUCUACCCGAAGAACGACGUGCAGCGCAGUAUGAUCAGUGGAGCGGCCAUCAAAGCGGGCUUUGGUGCGGGUAUUCUUGAGGAUGACCCCGGGACCAAGAGCAGCAAGCUGUACCUCGUUUUGACUGUCGGUGGUGGUGGUUUGACUGGUGAUAUUACCGGUGUUGUGAAUGGUAUGGAUGAUGUCAAUGUUCUGGAUGCCCGACGCAAGGCGGCUGAGGUCAAUAAUGCUCGGGGACCGCCUCGGAAGGGAGACAAGGCUUGGAUUCUGCGCAAGAAGGAGCAGAUGGAGAGAAAGGGUAAGGUUGUUAAGGCUUCUUCGAAGUAUACUGGCCGCAAACGACGCAUCGCUUUCUGA